CACCAUCGAAGAUCACUUUCUCUUUAAAUGCAAAUUACCUCCCGCCAGCUCUGCUUCUGCCCCAUCGAGUUCCAGGAGAGGGCGGAGGGCCUCGCACCAAAGGAAGCAUCACUUGAGACCCCUAAGCUUCAGGAUCUCCGUAGGUUACUUCCCUCCCAAGCCUGAGGUCCAGCCAGCACCCAAUGGAUGAUAAGAAGAAGAAACGGAGUCCCAAACCCUGUCUGACCCAGUCAGGCCAGGCCCCAGGCACACUACGCAGGGUCCCUGUGCCCACCAGCCACAGCGGCUCCUUGGCCCUUGGACUCCCUCAUCUGCCAUCCCCCAAGCAGCGGGCUAAGUUCAAGAGAGUAGGCAAAGAGAAAUGCCGUCCAGUGCUGGCUGGAGGUGCAGGUGGCUCUGCAGGCACGCCCCUGCAGCACUCCUUCCUGACCGAGGUGACCGAUGUCUAUGAGAUGGAGGGGGGACUACUGAACCUGCUCAAUGAUUUUCACUCAGGCCGGCUUCAGGCCUUUGGGAAGGAAUGUUCCUUCGAGCAGUUGGAGCACGUGCGCGAGAUGCAGGAGAAGCUGGCCCGGCUCCACUUUAGCCUGGACGUGUGUGGGGAAGAAGAGGAUGAUGAAGAGGAAGAGGACGGGGUCACCGAGAGGCUGCCUGAGGAGCAGAAGAAGACAAUGGCUGACCGAAACCUGGACCAGCUGCUUAGCAAUCUGGAAGAUCUUAGUAAUUCUAUGUAUCCUUUCCAAGGGACCUGACAGUGUGUGUGUGGCCCAGAGAUGAGUCUCACUCUGCCACCCUGGGUAGAGUGCCCUGGCAACAUCAUAGCUCACAGCAACCUCCAACUCUUGGGCUCAAGAGAUCCUCUUGCCUCAGCCUCCCUAGUAGUUGGGACUACAGGCGUCUGCCACCAUGGCCAGCUACGUUUUUUUUUCUUUUUGAGACAGAGCCUCAAGCUAUCACCCUGGGUAGAGUGCUGUGGCAUCACAGCUCACAGCAACCUCCAACUCCUGGGCUCAAGCGAUUCUCCUACCUCCACCUCCCAUGUAGGUGGGACUACAUGCGCCCGCCACAACACCUAGCUAUUUUUUCGUUGCAGCCGUCAUUGUUGUCCGGCCUGGAUUGGAACCUGCCAGCUCAGGGGUAUGUGGCUGGAGCCACAGGCGCUGAAACCCAGCUAGUUUCUCUGUUUUUAGUACAGACAGGGUAUCACUCUUGCUCAGGCUGGUAUUGAACUCCAGAGCUCAAGCAGUUCACCCACAUCGGCCUCUCAGAGUACUAAGAUUACACACGUAAGCCACUGCGCCAAGCCUAUUUUUACUCAUUUAGACUACCAUCCCAUCUGUUUCCAUCCAGCCAGAAACAAGCACAGGUGGCCGCCUCCCUCCCCAAACACACACAGAGUCUGGCUCAGGGCCCCCCAGCUCCUUUGACCUGCACGAGCUGAUGAAGAGAGAGAGGGCGAGUGACCCCAGCAAGGAGGGCAGGUGGGAACCUCAGACCAUGGAGGGCCGCGGAGACCUUCGUCCCCGCGCCUGUGCACAGCUGGGGAAAUUAAGCCUGUGCAGGAUGGGAACAGGACAGGGGUGAGAGUUAGGGCUGGGUCUAAAGCGUCACGACCCUUGACUGGCACAGACAGAAGCUGCACCUGGCCGAGAACGCCGAGCCGGAGGAUCAGUCGGCAGCUUAGGUGCUGGGACGCAGGCCCAAGCUGCCCCUCUCAUUCCUUUCAAACUGUGACUUUUUAUGGACUUGAGAGGGUAUUCCGCGGCCCCCCAGGUGCUAUGGGGUUGGGGGGGCACUGUAUGGAAUUAAACCAGAAAGCAAGAAAGCG